CUAAGAAUUUUUAUAUAUAUGAUGAUAAAUCUUAUGUUUUCUUUUCUUUUUGACUACUGUUUACGGCCAUGAAGAUGUGGCCAUGAAGAUGUGUGCAGAUCAGAUGAUUUGUUCUCUAUCCAUCUUACUCAUGAUCAUUGAUUUCCUUUUAUGCUUAAUUUUCUUGUUUGAAUCAAUUGAGUAGUACACCUUGAUCAGAUCACUUAUAUUAACUUAAUUUAUGUGACUCUUUAAUAUAGGAUAAAAAUUAAACAUGGUUCGACCAAAAGACCCAUUUUGGAAGUAUGCAAAGGAUUUGAAAAAUGGUCGUUUUUGCUGUAAUUUUUGUGAGCGUGAAUUUCCGGGAGGUAUUUCUAGGAUUAAAUGGCAUUUGUCUGGACACAAGGGCCACGAUAUUGAAGUUUGUGAAAAAGUGCCACAAGAUAUUCAGUUAGCAGUGAGACAAGUACUCAACACUCCCAAUAAGAAAGCUAAAAGAUCGUCACAAGUUGAGGAUGUAAAUCACUCAAUUCUUUCACCGUCUCGUGGCCCAAAUCUACAUACGGAAAACAUUAGCAAUAACGUUAGAGAGGGUACUGAUAAUCUUUCAACUCGGCCAGCUUCGUCAUCACUUGCGCCAAAUGCAUGUAACGAACAAUUGGCUAAGUUGUUCUUCUUCCUUGGCAUUGAUCCUGAGGCUGUUGUCUCUCCCAUUUUCAAGGACUUUGUGAAGAGUAUUGUUGAAUAUGGACCCGGUUAUCAACCACCAAGUCUUUCUACUCUCUGUACGGAGUUGAUGUCAGAUGUGGAAAUGAAAGUUGAAGAAUAUGUUGAGAAUUUCAUAAAAAAUGAUUCAUUUCAAGCAUGCGGUUGUACCUUGAUGGUCAACAUUUGGAACGAUUGUAGUGAUUUCUGCUUAAGAGAUAGUGACCGUGUGGAUAUCUUUGCUUAUUCGCAAAGAGACGUGGUAUGCUUGAAUUCAUUUAAUUAUUGGUCAACAAAAGAUAUCCACACGGUCAUUCAAGAAGCCAUAUCUGCUGCAAUUGAGUUUCUUGGCCCCAGACACAUUGUACAACUUAUAUGCAAUGGGGACGGCGAUUAUUUUUUUGAGAAGUAUCCUUGGAUUUGCGUGAAUUAUUGUGCUGUCGAUGUUUUCUACUUAGAUUUUAGAACGAGAUCACCGUCAAAAGUAAAUUCUCUAAUUGAACUUGUGAGAUUAAUAUUUUCAUACGCUUGUCAUCAUUCCAAUGUGUUGUCAUUUAGAAGAGGGACGAAAAUACCAAAAGAAGAUUGUGCAUCCAUUGUUUUUAUGUUCAAAUCAGUUUUAGAAGUUGAAGAUGAACUGCAAGCCAUGCAAUUUUCUAUGAUAACAUCACGGAGUGAUCGGGUGAAGUUGCUUGGUGAGCAGAAGGUAGCGGAACAUCUUAGAUGUGCAAAAUUUAUUGAUUACAUUAUCCGCCAUAAAGAGUUUUGGAGUCGAGUGAAAGCAACGGCUCAAGUGUUUUUUUUACUGUUUCAGACUCAAUGCUUGGUUAAUUGCGAGGGCUCAAGUAUAGGAUACUUGUAUGAGAUGGUAGAAAGGCUGAGUGAUGGGAUUGACAAAAGUCGUAACUAUGAUUGUUUCCUUUAUGAUCUUAUAUGGGAAAAAUUCAUUGAUAUGCGAGAGCAGAUUAUUAAACCAAUACAUGCAGCUGCUGCCUUUUUAAAUCCAACUUAUAUGUGUAGUGACAAUUUUAAGUACAAUGUUGAUAUGAAAGAAGGCAUGGAUUAUGUGUUUGAAAAUAUGGUCGAGUCAGAGGAAAAGGAAGCAUUUACCAAGGAAGUACAACAAUACCGCACGAAAAUGCCAAAGUUAUUCACAGCUCAAGCCAUGACAAUGUUAAAAACAUGCCAUCCUCGAAUAUGGUGGGACUAUUGUGGAAUACAUACCCCGGUAUUAAGGAAAUAUGCAAUUCGAAUAUUGAGUCAACCUGUUAGUACUUCAAUUUGUAAGCAUUAUCAAGUGCCGCAAAUCUGGAGAUCAGAAGAUAAUGAAGAUUGGUCAGAAAAAGUGAAUACAAUGAUCAUGAACAGGAAUAAUUGUUUUGAAUCAUUAGGGUUGGAACCGAUCGUUCUUGAUGAACUUGGCGGUGAAGAUCACGACGCUUUUAAGGAUGUGGAGGAACUGGUUGACGAAGACGACUUGGAUGUUUUAUCUGAAAUCAUUGACGAUACUGAUCUCGAUCGUGUGAUAGAAGAUCAGAGGCUUUCAUGGCUAGAUGACUUUGAUCUUGAUUCCUCUUGUUUUAUUUAACUACUUAAAAGUCAUUUUGUUUUCUUUUCGAGAUGUAAGUCUUAUAAUUUUGGAGGAAAAUGUACCCUAAAAAAACUAUACAA